UUUAGACGGAAUGACUUUUAUUGAAAUUAAUGUAUGACGGUUAAUUUGUUUACUUGUGUUUUUCAUUUGUCGUUAAAAAUUCUGAGAUACAAAUAGGAAUUUCUCACAAUGCCCAGUGAAAUGAUAACGCUUCAACUUGGCCAAUGCGGCAAUCAAAUCGGUUUCGAGUUCUGGAAGCAACUUUGUAUAGAACACGGUAUAUCUCCGGAAGGGAUAUUGGAAGAGUUUGCAUCGGCUGGAUCUGAUCGUAAGGAUGUAUUUUUCUACCAAGCUGACGAUGACCACUACAUACCCAGAGCAGUACUUUUGGAUUUGGAACCUCGUGUUAUCCAUACUAUAAUGAAUUCACCUUAUGCUAAGUUAUAUAAUCCAGAAAAUGUAUACCUUUCAAAGCAUGGUGGAGGAGCAGGUAACAACUGGGCAUCUGGAUACGCUCAGGGAGAAAAACUGAAUGAAGAAGUAUUUGACAUUAUUAACAGAGAAGCAGAUGGUAGUGACAAUUUAGAGGGCUUUGUAUUAUGCCACUCAAUAGCAGGAGGCACCGGCUCUGGAAUGGGGUCAAAUAUAUUGGAGCAUUUGUCCGACAGGUUUCCCAAGAAACUGGUUCAAACAUACAGUGUUUUCCCUAACUUGGAUGAAAUAAGUGAUGUAGUGGUACAGCCGUACAACUCAUUGCUUACCCUCAAGCGGCUCACAGAGAGUGCAGACUGUGUGAUGGUGUUGGACAACACAGCACUUAACCGUAUUGCCAGUGACCGACUGCAUAUACAGAAUCCGUCUUUUGCGCAAAUAAACACUCUUGUAUCUACUAUUAUGAGUGCCAGUACAGCCACUUUAAGGUAUCCAUCAUACAUGAACAAUGAUCUGAUAAGUUUGGUAGCGCCUCUCAUUCCGACGCCGAGACUGCACUUCCUUAUGACGGGGUACACUCCAUUGACUGCAGACCAUGAAUUGAACACUGCGCCCAAAAUACGCAAGACCACAGUCCUGGAUGUGAUGCAGCGCCUCCUCCAGCCCAAGAAUAUGAUGGUGUCUCUCAGUCCCGAUCGCGCUAACCAACACUGCUAUAUCUCUAUUCUAAAUAUCAUUCAGGGUGAAGUGGACCCGUCGCAAGUGCACAAGUCGCUGCAGCGCAUCCGCGAGCGCAAGCUGGCGUCGUUCAUCCCGUGGGGCCCCGCCUCCAUACAGGUGGCGCUCUCGCGCCGCUCGCCCUACGUUACCUCCUCGCACAAGGUUUCCGGCCUACUGCUGGCCAACCACACCAAUAUAUCCUCCCUGUUCGACCGGUGCCUGCAGCAGUUCGACAAGCUGCGCAAGCGCGAGGCGUUCAUCGACGUGUUCCGCAAGGAGCCGAUGUUCAAGGACUCGCUGGAGGAGUUCGACGAGUCGCGCGCGGUGGUCGACGAGCUUGUGCGAGAGUACCAGGCGGCCGCCACGCCGGACUACGUGCACUGGAACCCGGAGAGCAGUCAGAUAUAAUAUUGACUUCUGAAGUCAAGGACACAAAGCUUCCGUGAAGGCAUUCCAAAGGAGACUGAUGCCGAAGUAUUCUCAAUUGUGAAAGAAGUGCCAUUGUGUUGUUUUAUUAUUCUCGAAUUUGUUAACCCCACUCUCGCCUGUAGUUGUAAAUAAUAAGUAUUGCCAUUAGUUGCGUUAUUCACUAACAUGACACUUAGUUUCUAAUUCAAGCAUAUCAUUUUAUUAAGAAUUAGGUUAACCUUUAUAACAAGUAAUGAAUAAUUGGAUAACUCAAUAUCAAAGAUAUGAACAUUUUUACUGCACAGAACUGCCUCAAGGGAGUAUUUACAAUUUCGAUCAAAAUAAAAACCCAAAUAUUUUACCAAGUAUUUAUUUUUUAAGUCUUCAUAAGUCUAAAUCUCAUUCCUUUCACUUCCUGUGCCAAGUGAUAGCAUCCCAUCCUGUUAUAUAACACACUAGUGAUGCACUUUGUUUCCAAAUUCUAUGCUGUGAUAUUGUAAAUUUCGAAACAAAAAGCUAGGUGCGAAAUUAUUAGCCACCUGAAUCUAUUAAAAAUAAACUUGGUACAAUUUAGGAGUAGUAUUACAAUUUUUUAGGCUUUAGUACCUCUUCUCGCAGCAUUUGGGUUUAAAUUACUGUAUGAAAAAUUGUUACAAUUAUUUGCUUCACAGCAGAUCUAAAAACCAUUUCUCCAUUGUCAAUAUCACAACUUUCUCACUGUUGUUGCACUAAAUAUUUGAAGCAUUCUGUAGAACAUGGUACAACAUCUAAGCUAUGAAGUUCACAAUCCAUGUUUUACUAGUCUACAAUAUUUUCCCCAUUUAUAUACAAUGAAAUAUGGAUAUACAUUGUUAAACUACAAAAACCGUUAUUGGCAAACAUAACAUUAUAGUGGUGUAUAAGAACCUUUAUAGGAAAAUUAUAUCAGUAGCAUCAAAAGGUAGAGCAAUAUUCAAUGCUGUAACAUGAAUCUUCAGAUAUAAAACCAUUGUUAUUUCUAAUUUUUUUUUUGUAAGGGCAUAAAUAUGCUAAUACUAGUUUAUAUAUUAUGCAGGAGGAACAAAGUAUUUGCAGCACAACAAUCACUCAUUCACUCAUGCAAUGUUUAAACCUAAUUUUUAUACAUAAAUAUAACAGUUGUUCUUAUA